GCUGGCGGGAGCUCUGGCCAAGGAGAGGGUGGAUCCCAAGCAGACCUUCCUGGUGUCCAGCCUGGAGACGGAGAGGCAUGACUUUGCCCGCCUGGAGGAGAGGCUGGAAAAGGAGGUGCUUGGCCUGACCAGGAAGCGUGAGGUAUCUCUAGUGGACAUGGUCCCUGUGAGUCAAAGGAAGGUCAAGGAGCUCUACGAGAUUUGCCAGUCCGGCAGCCUGUCAGAAGCUCCGUCCAUCAUCCGUGCGGCCUUAGAGGACCCCACAGAUCUCCGUCUAGACGUGGCCGUUGUAGGGGAGGAUGGCUGCGAUAAGUCCUGCCUGAUCAACACCCUGCAAGGAGAGAGCUGCGGGGAGCCCAGCAUGGCCCUCGUUGGGGGGGCCCAGACACCAAGGAAAGCUGGGCCCUACCAGCUCCCCACUGCCCCCCAAUCGUUCCUGUGGGAUCUGGCCGGAUGGGGAGCGGCAGGAGAGGACAUCUGGCCUCUGGACCUUGGCCGCUAUGACCUCUUCCUUCUUGUGGCCCCUGAGCAGUGCAAGGACGCCCACAGCCGCCUGGCCAGAGCCAUCGCCUCUGAGGGGAAAGAGAUCUUCCUAAUCAGGAGCAAGAUAGAGGCAAAGGCCCAGACUGACUCCCAAGAAGAGCUGCAGGAGGGGGUGCAGGCAAGCAGCUUGGUGGUCCCACAAGAGGAUGGUGCGGGCUGCUCCCCGCGAGUCUUCCUGGUCCCUUAUGACCUCCCCAUCCUCCAGAAGGCACUCCAGAGAGGCGCCCAUGGAUGGAAGAGGCAGGCACUGAGGAGAGCCAUCCCAGCAGUCGUGUCCCACCUGGUCAGGCAGAAGGCCCAGGAGCUAAUGAAAGACGCCUGGGGGGAGGCCCUCCGCGCCUGCCUCUCCUGCCUGGACAAACCCCUGGCAACUGUAGUCAAGAACCUCCUGGUCGCCAUUGCUAGCUUCCGCCUGGAGUUGGGCCUGGAUGAAACCUCCCUGGAAUGCACUGCCCAGGUUGUGGGCAAAGCAGCCUCGGUACUGGAGGCCGAGACCCACAGCCUCUUUAUUCGCCCAAUGGCCCCGAACACUCUCCUGGGCCUGAUCACCAAACCACCCUCGCUGGGCAGCUGGGCCUGGAGUUAUGUGCCGUACUUUGGAUGGGGUGCCAAAUCAGAGACCCAGGUCUCCUUUGAAGCCACGUACAAGACGCUGCAGAGAGCAGUGGUGGAGCUGUCAGAGGACGCAGAGAGGGUGCUGCGCAGGGCCCUUGUGGAGGACUAAUGCCGCAGGAGAGGGAGGAGCUGAUGGGGAAGGGGCACCCCCCACUGGCAUAACAACCUCAGCUGCCAGUUGAAGAACCCUGGAGUAGUACCACCGCUAUGGACAGAGAAGGUGGUGCCCUAUUGCAGCUGCUUGUGAGGACGGUGCCAUGCAGGGAUCUUGCUCCACCACACGCUGUGGACCCCAUGGGCCCCUCCUCACCUGGGAGGUUCAAGGGUCACUCUUGAGCUUCCCAACUUAUUAGUGGAUGAGGGAAGCAGGCCUGAAACUGCCAUCUAGAGUUCCCCUGCUUCACUCACAUCUUUGCAUGCCUGCUUAAAGCAUGAGCUCCCGUGACCUUUGGCAGCUCUUGGGGAACCUUGGCACACUUGUUUCUGCGCUCAGGUUAGUGUUAGGUUGCCGUAGGAGUUGCCACAAAAGGCACAGAGCAGAUUAUCUAGCUGGUGCUGGCAGGCAUCAAAGCACACUACCGCUUUCCGUGUGUCCCCGCAUGCAUGUUAGUCUGUGCUUGCUUGUGCUGUGAUCUUGAUUUGGUUGUCUGAUUUCCAAGAAAACUGGGCCUGUUUCAAAAAAACAUUCAGCAGGCAAUAUGAUGGUCCAGAAUCAAAAUCCUUCAUUUGCCUAAAAAACGACGUCUUCAAAUUGUGAACGACAACUGAGUAAGAAUGCAAUGCCUAACGGCUGCUGGCAAAUGCCUGGCAGUGACUCUUUGCCCACGUCUGGCUUGCCACAGGAGUGGCUGUAUUGGCACAGAGCCACUUAGUAGCCGAGAGCAGCCUCAUUGGCAGAGACCAAGUGCUUUAGCCCAGAGCCACUCGCUCAGCAUCUAGAACCAGACUAGGCAUUGAUGGCCACCUAUUGCUCAGGCCUGGCCACGUUGUAUAGUGAAUGAAGGUAUAAAAUGGUGGGGAGUGUUGUUAUAUGUGUGGGGGGCUGUCUGUAAUUGAAAUUACUCUGUAUACUUUGGAUGUGCAAACAAUACAGCAAUGUCGCCUGCCA